AUGGCGGGGACCAUACAGCCCCAUGAGGAUGCUUUGGUGGUAAUGCUGAGAAUUGGCGGGUACGAUGUCAGAAGGGUGAUGGUCGAUCAGGGCAGCGCUAUGGAUAUAAUAUAUCCAGACUUGUACAAGGGGCUAGGUUUGAAGCCAAAGGACUUAACAACCUACAACUCUCCUCUAGUAAGUUUUGAGGGAAGGAUGGUCUCUCCUAAAGGACUGAUUAGGCUGCCUGUGCAAGCAGGUACGGAUGUGGUGAAGGUGGACUUUAUUAUCGUAGAUGUUUUUUCUUCGUACACGGUUAUUAUGGGCAGAACUUGGCUUCACACCCUUAAAGCGAUCUCGUCUACUCUGCAUCAGAAGGUGAAGUACCCAUCCGGAGGCCAACAAUUAAAGUCCCCAGCAUCUGGCUUGGACGUACCAGCCGAUGGGGUAGAGUGUAAAGAUUUGGAGAAGGUAAUUGUUGCUGGUGAUCCGGAGAAAUUCUUCCAGGUUGGGGCUAAAUUACCUUUGCAAGAGAAGGCGAGGUUGCUGGAAUUCCUCCGAGCUAAUGUGGAUGUUUUCGCAUGGAACCCGUAUGAAGCCCCAGGGGUGGACUCGAAUUUCAUUUGUCAUCGACUCAACGUGAAUCCCGCCGUUAUGCCCAGGAGGCAACCUCCUCGGCGACUAUCGAAGGAGCACGCCGAGGCGGUUAGAAGUGAAGUUGCCAAGCUUAAACAGGCUGGGGUUAUCAAUGAAGUUUUUUAUCCUCAAUGA